AUGAACUUUUGACAUGAACUUAAUUGAAACUUGGUACAACUUAACCAAAAUAUCUAAGCUUUUUACGUGAUGUGAAUAGUUAUUGCCGUGGGAAAUUAUUUCUAUAGCUCAUAAUAUUAUAAUACAAUAUGUGAGAAACAUUGGUGUUUGUUUUUUGUGUUUUCGCAAGAUAUCCUGGUUGACUGCAGAAAUACUUUUCGACUAAGCAAAUGAACGAAAAACGAUUAUUUACAUCGUGAUAAAAUAGAGAAAUGUUCCGUAAUGGCAGAGUUUCUGCCCCUUUGCGACGUACUGUUCAACGUGAUCUCGCUGGCUGGGUAUUUCUGCGACGUCGUGUUCGAUGUAGUAAUGGGAUACGCGCUACUCGAACGAGGCUAUAAGGGCACGUUUGCAGCGGCUAUAUCUAUUGUGAUCACAUCGCUACUUAUAUCUCAGGUCCUCUCCCUCCGCUGGUACCUGCACGUAUGGUGGGCAAGUGAGGGCCGGAAGGACCGCCCGCCCUGGCUUCCAAUAAUGUUGCAUUGUUUACAACUCGGGGUGUUGUGGCGGUAUGCGAGACUGCUUGUACCCGUCGAGCUACGGAGGGUUAAACAUCAAGUGAGAGAUUUAUGUAUGCUACGUCUAGUCCACGCGUUUUGCGAGGCGGCGCCGAUGUUAUUACUCCAACUGCACAUCCUGUUCAAGGACACCAACCACGAAAUCGCCAAUGAGCGAGUCACUCCGGAGCCGACGAUAGAUGAGCCCUCGGCAAACAAGGCGUUCGCGGAGCUGAACGUGAUCUCAGCGUCGCUGUCGUUGUUCUCUGUGUGUUGGGCGCUCGCCAGCUUCAGCAAGAACGUGCGGCUGCAGAACGUGCAUCGACUCGUGCUCACGUGGUUGGGGGUCAUAUUUCAGUUUCUGUGGCGGCUUGGCACGAUCUCGGCUCGAAUAUGCGCGCUCACAGUCUACGCUCUAGUCUACGAAUACUGGGUCUUUUUAGUUAUAGGUCUGCACUGGCUGUCCAUGUUCCUGUGGCUGAUAUCGCCCAAGAACGUGUUCCACGGCGAGCGCAUCAGUCGCCCGCGCAAGGCGUGUCUCUCCGCACUCAUCGCCUUCAUCUACGUGUUCGCGUACGUCAACCUGCACGAACACAACCACAGGCAGAAGAUGGUGACGUUCUACGUGGUGAUGAUGGUGGAGAACUGGUUGCUGGUGACGGCGUGGUGGUGGUCGGGGCAGGCGCAGGCGCCGCUGGCCACGGCCGCCGCCGCCGCCGCCGCCUCCGCCGCCGGCAUCGGCUUCAUGCUGCUCUACUACAGGUACUUUCAUGUGCGAAGACUCGGCUACAUGCUCGGCGAAAAUCAACAAGGAAAGCAAGCAAACCAGGGUGAUAAUGCUACCAUACCAGGCGUGUUCAACUGCCGGUUCUCUAACCCCGUCUGUAACAGCGCAGCAAACGGCCGUAAGAAGAAGAAGCCGACGUCGUUCGUGCCGCCGCCCGCCGCCCCCGCCGCCGCCUUCUGGAGGCGGCCGCUCCCCGCCGCGCAUAACCACCAUGGUGGUUCAUCAGAAAACGAAGGUUCCAGCGUCGGCUCCCGCGUCAACAUCCAACAGAAACUGCAAGAGAAAAAACAAAAACAACUCGCAGAGCUAAGGGUCAUCGAGGAGGAGAUCAAACAAGGGAAAUUAGCAAAGACAACUCCAGUAGCCGCCGAAGAAAUAUACAGCAGUUUACAACGACAGCCGAUCCCACGCGCGAAAACGCACGCGGAACCGCCCGCCUGGCCUAGUAUAGAAAUGACCCACUCGUACCAAAACUACCCAGUAGUACCCCACACUUGUAAUCUAUACCCAACGUACACAGAAAUAAAGCCCGAAUUCAACAUUUCGAACUUCCAAAACAACGAAUCGUCAAACCCCGAUAUCAAUGACUUAAAAAUGCGAAGGUUACCAAACAGGUACGACAAUGCGCGAACGUUCUACGAGAAUCCGGCGAAUAUUAGAAACGAUAGAACGCCACUGAGGUCCCCGAAUUAUCUGGAAACGAGGAAUUAUGAGGGAAGCUGUGGCAGCCCUAGGAACGUUUUAAAUACCAGUCCCGGAAAUUAUAUGGCGGAUGUCUCUGGUAACAACUACGACAACGCCAUAGACAAGCCGCGGAUACCUCAAAAUAACAUAUACUCCGAAGACCAUAGACAAAUGGGGGAAUAUUCUGGGUAUUGCGAAAAUAAUCAAUACAAAUACGAAGGUAAAGACGAGUACGUCUCCGCGUUACACAACGCUUUAGCUAACGUCCAAAGUAUAGACAAUAUAAGGAAUAAUUACGAGGGUUGUGCCCAGUACGGGCAGAAUUGUGAGAGGUUCCCGUAUCCCGGGCUGGGGGGGAAGAAGAUAGACCAGCAGAUGCGGAAGAUGCAGAGGUGCAGGACUCCUGAGAUCCUGCUAGCUCCUCAUUAUUUAGAGGGGUGCAAUAGACAGGUGUGCUGUCAUUGGGGACCGCCUUAUACGAAUAGAAAGAAGGAGGAAGGCGCGGCCGGCAGCAGUGGGGAGGACUCCAGUCCCGAGGGACCCGCGCGGGACACGCCGCGACCGCCCAGCGACAUCGAUAGUCAGAUAUCCCUGCCGCGUUCGUACACGUUGCCGCGCGAGUUCCGCUACUGGCGCCGGCGGCCGCGGCUCCGCGACGCGCACGUGCCCAGCAACAACAGCAGUGACGGCGACGUAGACAGUGGUGACGACAACGACAGCGACCGCCGCUCGAACUGUUCCGCCACCUCGCAGAUCCAAAGCCCUACGUACGGCGACGGCUUGUACCCGCACAGACACCCCGACGGUCGGCCGGACGGGUACACGGACACCGUGUACGGCGCGUGUCCGGCCGGCCGGCCGCGGAGGCACGGGUUUAGGAAACAAGCAGCCAAACCCGAGACUAAGCUUUAAAGUAAUAUGUGUAAGUGUUGAAAUGGGAUAUCCGUUGAUAUAAAUUUUAAUUAAAAUUAAAGUUUUUUUUUCGUAUUUUUUCGCGGGUUUUAUAUUUUAAUUUUCUUCCAACGUUUUCAAGACUGUAGCCUUCAUGGUCACGGAGCGGACUAAGGUUGGUCAUCCCCGCAAAAUCAAAGUUACAAUAUCUACAUUUUACAAUUAUACAACUUUUUUUUGCUUUUGGUAACCACGUAGACUGCAAAGUCUGAAACGUCGCGAGAAAAUUAAAAUAUAAUAACAGCGAUAACAUCCGAAAAAAAGUAGUUCAAUUUUAAUGUCAAAUAUUCGCAUAAACAUAAGUAAUCAGAAAAUAUAUCACCAAUUGAAACCAAUUGGACAUCAAUCAUAAAAAUAUUUAUAGAAUCUGUAAUCGAGCCAUGAAACUUAUCAUAACAUGAACUUCCUUCACGGAUGACGUACUAACA